AUGCCCAAAAAAGGUGUCCAGAGUUUGAUAUGCUGUGUUUGCGGUGAUAAGGCUAUCGCUUUUAAUUUUGGCGUUCAAUCGUGUGAGUCGUGUAAAGCAUUCUUUAGGAGAAAUGCGUUCAGAGAUCAUGCAUACAUCUUUUCCGAUGAAGAAAAACGCAAACGAAAGGCUAUUGUCGAAGAAAAUCGGCGCAAAACUAAAGCUCAUAAUGAGUUGAAUGCCAUUCACUCGUCCGACACAUCAUCGCAAACGCAAUCGGAUUUAUCACUCAAUGAUACAAACAAUAUUGAGGAGUCAUAUGAUGAGGACUUUCCAAUGAUUCCUAUCGCUAACCAAAUCACUACUUAUGACAAGAAUUUAAAUCAAAUAGAAAUGAAUCGUUUGGCAGAACUGUUAAACGCGACCCAAAAAAUCAGAGAUCCGGUCAGCAAAGUAACAUCAGAGGCCACAGUAUAUCCAGAUGUACGACAAACUUUUGCUAUUAAAGGGGAACAGGAGAUCAAACGUUUUGCACUGAUGUGCAGACAUUUGAGUGCAUUCACCGGUAUCUGCGAUGAGGACAAGAUUUCCCUUUUGAAAGCCGGUUGCGUAGAGAUAUUACCCAUGCGUUCACUCAUUGCUUAUAAUAAUGAUCGUCAAUAUUGGGCUGUAGUUUUGGAUUCAAAUAAUACAACUAUAAUUAAGUUGGAAUCGUUGAAAAAGUUUGACCAAAAUGUGUAUGAAAUCAAUAAGAAUUUCUUCACUAAAUUCGGCGGUCAAUGGGAUUUCGAUUCAAUCAUUUUAGACCUGCUGACUGCCGUGGCAUUGUUCACACCGGAUCGGCCCAACAUUAUACACAAAAAUCUGGUUAAGCUUCAACAGCAAAUUAUUUUUCUGGUUACCGAAAAUCUAUACAUCAAAGUCCGGAUAAUGGGACUCCUCUUAUAA